GUGAAGCGCAGCUUUUUGAAAUACGGGUUCACAGUUCGCUGCAGAGGAACAACAAUUUAACUUUCAAUUUCGAUUUCAUUCAAGGGAAACAUGGCGUCUCUCCGAUGAGGAAUUGGUGAAUUGGCACAUCGAGCAGUUUGGAAACGUUAAAGAAAACAUCCUACAACAAGAAAGUUCACAGCCUAAAACGCGGCUCGGUUGAAGGUUUCCGUGUUCACCUUCCCUGGCAGACAUACGAUUCUUUAGUCGUUGCCGGAUUCUCAGCAGUGAAUCACCAUGUUGGAAGAAACAGGGCCCGAGUGGUUGUCCGAGGAGGUGAAAACCGGAACCACAAUCAUUGCCAUAGAGUAUAAAGGAGGGGUCGUGCUGGGGUCUGAUUCCCGAGUGUCCGCAGGGGAAUCAGUAGUGAACAGGGUGAUGAACAAGCUGUCUCCACUCCAUGACAAGAUCUACUGUGCUCUGUCAGGCUCUGCAGCGGACGCCCAAACCAUCGCUGAGAUGGUGAACUACCAGCUGGAUGUUCACAGUAUUGAAAUAGACAAGGACCCAAAGGUUUGCUCUGCUGCCACCCUUGUGAGAAACAUUUCAUACAAGUACAAGGAGGAGCUGUCAGCACAUCUCAUUGUGGCCGGCUGGGACAGAACUGACGGAGGACAGGUGUUUGCAACCCUGAAUGGUCUCCUGACAAGGCAGCCUUUUGCAGUCGGUGGAUCUGGCAGCUUUUAUGUUUAUGGAUUUGUUGAUGCUGAGUAUCGCAAAGACAUGACCAAGGAAGAGUGCCAGCAGUUUGUUAUCAACACGCUGUCUUUGGCAAUGAACCGCGAUGGCUCCAGUGGCGGUGUUGCCUAUAUUGUCUCUAUUGAUGAACAUGGCGCAGAGGAGAAAGUCAUUCUGGGAAAUGACUUACCCACCUUCUUUGAUCAGUGAUCAAUAUGUUGUUUUUUCUAACCUGCCAAGCCACUGUUGUGCAGGAUACAGAUAGAUAGCAGUAGCCAAUAAAACCAUUUUUGCUCAGCUGCUAACUAACUUAACUAACUCACAAGAAUACUUUUUACUUACAUUUAAUUUGAAAGUUUCUUCAAGUGAAAUGUCAUGGUUUAUGUCAUCUUAAAGCUGAUGGUACCCUCACAUCAUAUACACCUGAUUUGGUUUGUUAUCUCAACAGAGUGUUGUUAGCUACGUCCCUUUACCAAGUUUUGUGCAGCUUCAGGAUAAGACAUAGAAAUUGUCACUAUGUCCAUCCUGAAAUUAUAUUUUUCUCUAGCCCCUGGUUCAUCAGAUGCCAAUUACAUAUUCAAAACUGGUUGCAACACUCAAUAUUCAGUCCAUUAAUCUGAAACAUGAUAAAAGUACUCCAAUGUCUGGUGGCAAAGAAAAUACAAGUAAAUAUGACAAAACUUGCAAAACACAUACAAUUAUUUAGCCUUGUACCACAAAAAACACAUGUUAACAUUAGCAGCCACAGCACGUCUUACAAAGACAUACAGUACCAAAAAGUCCAAAUCACAUUUGUUGGACUACUCCAAAAAUAUGUCACCCUCCACUGUUACCCACUGCUCAGUCAUCACAGCAAUACACCAGAUAAAGAUGCCUUGUUGAUAUUUGGUAACCUUACUACAUGAUUUAGACAUGAAAUAUUGUACGUCAAUUAUGUGAAAUUUAAUAAAAGCCUUUUGUUGAAAAAAGUUA